UGAAGAAGGGGCCGGCCUUUGAGCGACAGCGACGCAAGAUGGCAGCCACCACGGGCUCGGUGUGUGAUUUCCUCAUAGAUCUUAGAGGGUGGAACUGUGGAAAACCCACUGGAAUCCUCAGGAUGCUCGUGUUGUGACAGGUGACUUCCUCCUGCCUUGGCCAGGAUUGCAGGGCCUCAAAGAGUAUCCCUUGGCUGCCAGAUCUUUCCUCUCACCCAGCAUCCCACAGGCUGCCCUGACAGUAAACCAGAAACGGAGUGCCAGCAAAGAGUAAAAGUCCCUCGCAAUUUCCGACUGUUGGAAGAACUCGAAGAAGGCCAGAAAGGAGUAGGAGAUGGCACAGUUAGCUGGGGUCUAGAAGAUGACGAAGACAUGACACUUACAAGAUGGACAGGGAUGAUAAUUGGGCCUCCAAGAACAAUUUAUGAAAACCGAAUAUACAGCCUUAAAAUAGAAUGUGGACCUAAAUACCCAGAAGCACCCCCCUUUGUAAGAUUUGUAACAAAAAUUAAUAUGAAUGGAGUUAAUAGUUCUAAUGGAGUGGUGGACCCAAGAGCCAUAUCAGUGCUAGCAAAAUGGCAGAAUUCAUAUAGCAUCAAAGUUGUCCUGCAAGAGCUUCGGCGCCUAAUGAUGUCUAAAGAAAAUAUGAAACUCCCUCAGCCUCCUGAAGGACAGUGUUACAGCAAUUAAUCAAAAAGAAAAACCACAGGCCCUCCCCUACCCCCCAUUCGAUUUAAGCAGUCUUCAUUUUCCACAGUAGUAAAUUUUCUAGAUACGUCUUGUAGACCUCAAAGUACUGGAAAGGAAGCUCCCAUUCAAAGGCAGUUUAUCUUAAGAUACUGUAAAUGAUACUAAUUUUUUGUCCAUAUGAAAUAUAUAAGUUGUGCUAUAACAAAUCAUCCUGUCAAGUGUAACCACUGUCCACAUAGUUGAACUUCUGGGAUCAAGAAAGUAUAUUUAAAUUGAUUCCCAUCAUAACCGGUGGGGCACAUCUAACUCAACUGUGAAAAGACACAUCACGCAAUCACCUUGCUGCUGAUUACAUGGCCUGGGGUCUCUGCCUUCUCCCCUUCCCCUCCCCCUGCCUCCCUCCCUCCCUGCAACAGCCCUCCAGCUUGGGGUGGCUUCUUAGAGUAGAUGUGAGGGUUUCAGGUCACAGCCUGUGGGACUCCUGCUGGGUAUGGGGGAUGCUUCAUCUGCACCCCUGGUUUCUUUCUUUAAGUCUUAAAUGCUGCCCCCCUUCCAAGCCACCAUCCUCUUCCCACUCUCCACUGCCACCCUUGGCCGAAGCAUAGAUUGUAACCCCCUCGGCUCCCCUCUGAAAUUGGCCUUUGGUGAGGAAUUCAGGGCUUUCCCCAUAUCUUCUCCCUCCACCUUAAUCGAGGGGUGCUGCUUUGUCCUUCCUCCUCCUCAAGUCCCUUUUUGCACCAUCACCACCCAACACUUUCCAUGACACUUCCUUGCUUUGGCCAGAAGCCAUCAGGUAAGGUUGGAAAGCGUCUCUGACCUCCCUCAUUUAGUUUUGGAACCACACUUACUUACUCUCCACCAGCCUGGGAAAUGAAUAUUGGGUUCUCAGCCCUGCCACCCUCUGCUGUCAUCAUCAGCUGAUACGUUUUUUUAUUAGCUCAGGUUUUGAUAAGGUGAAAAGAACAGUCACCAGGGUCACAGACGUGCCAGCUCUCAAAGUCCUUGGUGGUUAAACUUGGAGAAAGGCCACAGAAGACACUUGUAAGCACACACGAUCCCUCUGAAUGAAUUGUUUUCUUUUCCUGUAAUUGCUUUUGCUUUUAAAAAUUGAAGAAGUUUUAAACAGGGCUCUCAUUUGGUCAUCCUUGCAAUCCAUUUGGGUCUAGUUUGGAAUCUGACAACUGGAACAAAAAGAACCGUGAACUCGGUGCACACUUUGGUUUCGGUGCUGCUGCUUCUCUCGGUCCUCAGCAGGGAUAAGAAAGAACUCGGUGUGCACGGCAGAUCCCCGGAAUUCCUGGCCAAUGGCUGCGUUUUUCCACUUUUCUGUUCAGGACCACUAAAUGCUGAGAUGUUGGACGCAUACCGAAAUAAAAGCAAUUCAUUGUGUUCUAAGGUUUUUUUUUUUUUUUUUUAACUUAGUGUUUGUGUAAAGCCACCUUUUGAAGCAGCAACUAUCAAGUCUGAAAAGCAAUUGAUGUUUCCAUUCAUCUUUUUCUGGGGAAAACCUUAGUUCUAAGGAUUUAACAUCCUGUAAGUAAAGUUUAACAUAACAGUAUUCCAUAGGUAGACUUUUUAUUGUCAGACCAUUGCCUGAUUUUAAUAUAAUAAAAAGUGUGCGUUAAUAUUUAA